AUGAACGACCGCUACUUGCCCUCGCCGGCGGGCACACAGCUGCUCGUCGACGUGCGCGGGGCCGAGAUCAUCCCGUGUGACGACGACAGCCCUCGCAUCGGCCUGCCCAAUCACGAGGAGAUGAUCUCCCACAUUGCGCUCGAUGUCAGUUGGCGUCUCCCGUUCUCCUCUCGGUUCGCUCUUGCUCUUGGCGUCUUGGCUCUUACUCUGCACAGCGUACGCACGCCCACAGAUUGGUGGAUCGCUGGCCAAGGUCGUCUACUUUACUCGGACACCGCGCAGUUCGUCGCGCAAGCCUCAGCCAUCCUCGAACGCUGCCACGACCAGCUCGGUCGACUCGUCCUCGUCCUCCUCGACACCCACCACCCCUCACUCGACGAGGAACCGAGACAAGUCGCCUGAAACACCGCCGGCAUCUCCAGCAGCGAAGCCGAAUGGAUUCCUCAACCCAAAAUCACUGCUGCAACGCCCCUCCUCGAUCCAUGCGCCCACCUCAUCCUCGUACUCCUCCCCAGCGGCCUCCCGCGCUUCCUCUGCGGACCCAUCCUCCAGCACUGCACCACCACCAACACCUGGGUCCACAUCAUCAAGUCGAUACCCGCCCUUCUCAUCGCAUCUGCGACGACGGUCCUCGACGUCGCGUAUCCCUUCCGGUGGUCGGCUCAACUUUAUCAAGUUCGAAACCUCGAACCUAUCCGCUUGCAUCGACUUCCUCUCGACUCUCAUCUCCUCCUCCGCAUCCUCGAACGGCGUUCCCUUGGAAGUGAUGAAACGAAGUGUCAAAAUCAUGGCCACCGGUGGAGGAGCCCACAAGUACCACCAACGAUUGAGGGACGAGUUGGGCGUCGAGGUGCGAAGGGAGGAGGAGAUGGAAUGCCUCGUUCUGGGAUUGGGCUUUGUGAUGGAGGUUCCGAACGAGGUAUUUUGGUAUUCGGAUGAGCUCGUACAGGCCAUAUCUCACCCUUCGACUUCGUCCACGACGACCUUUACUCCAAAGGGGACACUGAACCCGUUCCACGACCCUGAGCCCAUCCCCACUUCCACGAGCAGCACCGCUUCUCCGAGCCACGAAGACGAACUCCCUCGUCCCUCACCCAACCCACCAAGCUACUCUCUCUCAUUCGAUGCCAGUCCAACCCCCGCCCAAUUUCCCUGUCUGCUCGUCAACAUCGGUUCGGGCGUGUCCAUCAUCAAAGUCGACGAUUAUGGGAAGUUCGAACGUAUUUCGGGAACGAGUUUGGGUGGGGGUACGUUGUGGGGCUUGUUGAGUUUAUUGACGGGGGCGAAAUCGUUCGAUGGUCAGUGCCUGACUUUCGAUCUCUAUCUCUUCGAAAACGCGCUGGUCUGACUGAUGACUGACCGACGAUUCCGUUCCUUUCCGUGCAGACAUGCUCGCCUUGGCCGACAAAGGGGACAAUUCUUCGGUCGACAUGUUGGUCGGCGACAUCUACGGCCAAGAUUAUCAAAAGAUCGGACUCAAAUCCUCCACCAUCGCCUCUUCCUUCGGCAAAGUGUUUCGUAAAGACGAGGAGCAAAAAACCGUUCCAACCUCGGAUGCGGCGUCCGCUUUCUCUACCCAAGCCGAAGACCGUCCCAAGAAACACUUCAAACACGAAGACGUCUCCCGCUCGCUCCUCUACGCCAUCUCCAACAACAUCGGCCAAAUCGCCUACAUGAACGCCGAGAAACAUCACCUCGACCGCAUCUAUUUCGGAGGCGGUUUCAUCAGAGGUCACGCGGCGACGAUCUCGACUUUAUCGUACGCGAUUAGGUUUUGGAGUAAAGGCACCAAGAAGGCCUUGUUCUUGAGACAUGAGGGGUAUUUGGGCGGGAUUGGCGCGUGGUUGAAGAAUUUGAGUGAGGGGUACGAAACGCCUGUCAUUGGCAGGGGGGAGGUCGCUUUGCCUUUGCCCGAACCGAUUGAGGUUGGCGGGAGAUCAAAGGGAGAGAGGGAAAGGGGGGAUGAGGUGGCUGCGAAUGAGGAUGAGGCUGAUGGGGUGUCGACGCCUAUACCGACACCGAUAUUCGAUAGUGCGGUCAAUGGUUUGCAGGCCGCGUUGGAGGUGGCCGAGGGCAAGUCGUCCAGGACAUGA